GCACCAAAAACAAAAGACUUAAGCAACAAACUCGAUUUUUGGUAGAGACCAUGGCUUAAUCGAAGCGCUGACGACAUAAAGGCCAAAAACAUGAUUCAGCUACGUCUGCGCAGUCUUGUUCUGCUGCAAUUGCUGGCCGUGGUUAGCUCGGAAUAUGUAUACGGGGAACCCAAGUUCAAAUGCCCUAAAAAAGCAAAUGCUUUAUAUCCAUGCGUAUGUGAAAAAGGCAGUGACGACGGUCUAUAUGUGCGCUGCGAAAAUGCAAAUCUUGCCACUCUUGCCGUGGCCCUGCAAAACUUGGCCUCUUUCCAACUGCCCAUAGAGGAACUCACCAUUUACAGAGGACAUUUUGUGCGUUUAUAUGGUCCACUAUUUGCCAAUAUUAAAGCCCGUUUGCUCACCAUAGAGGAGACUCCAUUGGUCACAAUUGAGGAUUAUGUAUUUUACGGAGUAAACAACACCUUGGAGCAUUUGAACCUGCUCCGUACAAAUCUAAGUCAUGUGGGAAAGCUAGGAUUUGGCAAUCUUGGAAAAGCCACACAAUUAGUCAUAGACGGCCAUGCCUUCGAGCAGCUGCCCAAAGACCUCUUUGCCAACCAGGAGAUCACCAACAGCCUUGGAGUAAUGCGGCUGACUAAUGGUCUUUUAAGUGAUCUACCUGUUGAAACCUUUCAGCCUUUGAGAAAACUGAAAACCCUCGACCUGCAUGGCAAUCAGCUAGAGGAUCUCAAGCGAAACCAGUUUAAGAAUCUCAGAGAACUGGAGGUCCUUGAUAUAAGUCACAACAAGAUCAAGAAACUGGAGGCCCAACAUAUUGCUGAUCUCACAAAACUAGGAUGGUGCAAUGUGUCGCAUAAUGCCCUCAACGAACUAAGCCGUGGAACUUUCGCUAGGAAUUCUGUUCUUAAAGUUUUAAAUUUGUCGCACAACCAUAUUGGAAAGUUGGAUGCCAACAGCUUUAGGGGAAUGCGAUUCCUAAGGCGACUAUUCCUGAGCGAUAAUGUUCUUACUGAUAUAGGUCGUGGCACCUUCGGUUCUGUGGCCCGGAUUGGAACGAUUGAUUUAGCUCGUAAUCAGUUGAAAAAGGUUGAGUUCCAAAUGUUUACUCAAAUGAACUAUGUUGAGUUGCUUGACUUGGCGGAGAACAAUAUUACCAAGAUUGAGAAGAACUCGUUUAAGGAUAUUUACCAAGCCGUGAUAAAUGUUUCCCACAAUGCUUUGGCUCUUAUAGAAACAGGUGCUUUUGAGAACUGUGUUAAUAUCACCGUGUUGGAUCUAUCGCAUAAUCUUCUCAGCAAUUUUUCGCGUCGCAGCUUCGAUGAGACAACUUUUGCCUCUACCUUUCAGUUGAGCUACAAUAAUUUUACCAACUUGGCGCAGAUACCCAUACAAAAUAUGACAGGAUUACGUGUUUUGAAUGCCUCGCAUAAUAAUAUCGCUGAGAUACCCAAGAAUUGUUUCCCAAAACUCUACGAGCUGCACACAAUUGAUGUGUCUCAUAACAAUAUUUCAAGUAUUUUUAAUGGGGUCUUCCAGACACUCUUUUCUUUGCGCUCCAUUGAUUUGAGCUACAACAGCAUGACGGAAAUCAAGUCCUCCACUUUCGGAACCUUGCCCACGCUUUUGGAAAUGGAUCUGAGCCACAACGAACUGGUUUCCAUAGUGCGCGGCUCCCUGGCCAAGUUGACCAGCAUGCGGCAGCUGUAUUUAAACAACAACCGCUUGGAGAAGCUCUUCCAACUGCCCAUCUCACUUAAUGAAUUGUAUUUGAGCCACAAUCAGUUGACGGGAAUUCCAGCGGGAACCUGGCCAGUUAUGAAUUCGCUGAUUUACUUGGAUUUGAGCCACAAUCAGUUGGGAGACAGCUUGGAUGGGCAGAGCUUUACGGGAUUGCUGGUGGUACAGCGGUUGAAGCUCCAAAACAAUGGCAUUAGUCAGCCCCCGUUGGAGGCCCUAGCCGGGAUGUCCACGUUGCAGUAUUUGCACCUAGAAUAUAAUAAUAUUACUGCAUUGGAUCGAAGUGCCUUUGGGAAGCUGCCUGUUCUUUUUGAGGUAAACCUGCACGGAAAUCAAAUAUCCGAUAUCAGUAAACGAGCAUUUGAGGGCUUGUUGCAGCUUCUCAAGUUGAACCUCUCAUCGAAUAGCCUAAAACACUUGCAAAACGAUAUAUUCCUCGGUCUGCCCUCCCUGCGUACCUUGGAUUUAUCUCAGAACAUGCUCUCAAAGCUGGAUAACAAGACUCACGGCGUCUUGGAUGAUCUGCUCAGUCUGGAAACUCUUGAUUUAAGCCAAAACCGGAUUAGUUUCGUUACCAAGAAGACCUUCCCAGAGUAUCAGUACAUUCCAUACAAUCUCAGGAAUCUUAAUUUGAGCUACAACCAGAUGCCGGUGCUCACCUAUGACAUAACCUUUGGAACCAAGAAGCUCUACCGGCUGGAUGUCUCCCACAAUCAAAUAAACGAUUUGCGGCGGGGAGUGCUCUCGAACUUUACAUCUCUGCAGAAGCUGGACAUGUCCCACAAUGAGCUGUCUAACUUGGCAUCCGAGGAGCAUAUCUUCGAUCUGCCCCAGAACCUGAGCAGCCUGGAUCUCUCCCAUAAUCAGAUAUAUCACCUACCAUUCGCCAACAUUGUAAAGGUCAAGACUCUGAAGUAUGUGGAUUUGAGAAACAAUAGUCUAGAGGAUUUGCCUGCUUCCUUGGUGGGCAGCAUGCGGAAUGGCAGCCAGGUGCUGCUCUCCGGCAAUCCCCUUCACUGCGGCUGCAAUGCUCGUCCGCUCAAGCACUUUAUGCUGCAGCAAACGUCGCCAAGUGAGGACUUGCGAGGCAUCCAAUGCGGCACUCCGGCUUUGAUCAAGGACAAGCAGCUCCUGGUACUGCCGGAUGAGUACCUGCACUGCGCCGAGGUUGAGCGUGAUACGUAUGCGGGCACCGACUAUGAACAGCUCACUGAUGUCCGGUUCCGAGAAGUGCAAACCACAAAAUCUGGAAAUUUAACCAUCAGUUGGUACGUUUCUGCAACAGCAGAUGUCUCAGACUUUAAUAUUUAUGUGCGAAGCACCAGCAACGAGGUGCUCCACCAGGCGGACUAUGCCUACAACCAGCGUACGGCCCAGAUCCGCAUCGCAGAUCUGCAGGCGGCGGGUGAGGAGAAGCUGCGUGGCGCUGAGAUCUGUAUUUUAUCGCGUGACAGCGAUGGCAACACCCGGAAGUGGUUUUCGGGACAAUGUCGUCCACUGCCCUCCCUCAAGCUGCCCCGAACAUUUUUCUUUGGCAACUUCCAGGUCCGGGGAGCGGCUUCCACAACUGCCAGCAGUCUACCUCACUGCAUCGUGUACAUAGUCCUUGUUUUUUUCCUUGCCCGUUUGUAGACAUGCUUUUGCUAAAACUAAUUGUAUAUA